UUAAUGUACUGUGAGCACAGAGGAGUGUCAGAGUUAGAAGUGUGACUGAAGCAGCAUCACACUCUUCUGCUGGGAUUGGGCUCUUCUUGAAAAUGGACUUUAGAGAAAUGUUACUCAUCUUUGGACUGAUGCUGCUGCUACAAACUGCUUGUACAUGUCUGGAUCGUUUCUGCUGGUUUAAUCAGACUGAUCCCUGUUACUCAGCUCUGGGACACAAACUCAAUCUGCUGAUGGUGCUGAACACUAGUGACAUGAAGAUACAAAAGAGAAUAAACAACAACAGCACAAUUGAGCCAGUUUGUAGAGUAAAAUAUGGCAGGAUGAGGGAUUGUGAUCUUUAUAGUAACAGACCUGAAGUUACAGUCAUUAAUGGGACUCUGAUAAUAAACCGUGUGAUCAGAGCAGAUUCAGGGAAUUUCACAUUAACACUCGAUCAUUGCUCAGAUGGCUCAGAAACAUCUACAGAUCUUCAAGUGAAUGUUGAAGCUCCUGUUGGCUCAGUGGAAGUGUCGAUCCGCUGCUCCUCCAGUGGGGCGAUGAGGGCGUCCUGCUCCUCUGAGGGGGAUCAGCUCCUCUACAGCUGGACUCUGAAUAGAGAUCCACUGAUGGAUGGAAGCUCCAGCAUUGAUCUGGAUGAGGGAACUGACGGAAACAUCAGCUGCAGUGUGAAGAACCACGUCAGUCACGGACAGACGGCCAUUAGUCUGAAACCCUGUUCUGGACCAUCUACUGCAUCUGUGACCUCAACAGUAAAGGAUUCAGAAUAUGUUUUACAUGUCUCUCUGAUUGCUUUGGGCUGCGUUGCUCUGAUCCUGAUUCUGCUGUUCAUCACUGUAUAUCACGCUUACAAGAAAAAACAGGUCAAGUCGACAGCUGCUGCUGGCAGUGCGGACAUCAUAUAUGCUGAUAUCUCUCAUAAGAAAAAGGGUGAAAAGAAGAAAAGAGAAUGACUCCCGGCUGCUGAUGCGGAAUACGUCGAGGUCAAACCACAAAAAAAGCGGAAGGAGAGGAAAGAGAAGAAGGAGGAAGAGGUUCAGUACGGCAAGGUGAUGUUCACUCUGAACUGCUCAAACGCUCACCUGCAGCCUCAGGAUGAGUGUGUUUAUUCUCAGGUACACACAAAACAAGAGCUGUGUAACAUCGCACUUUCCCUGGGAAAUUAAAUGUGUAUGUUCACUUAUGUUUCACUUUGGGAGUUGUACAGUUUACAUAAAGCACAUAUCUCUUUGCAUAUGCACUGUGAAUUGUUUAAUGAUGGUACUGUAUGUUGAUAUGCUGUGUUAUGGAAGGUAGAGCGUGAGCUUUAAAAAAGGAGCUUCCGCUACGCCUGCGUCAUCCGCUGGAGCGUCACUCUCUAGUGAACGCGCGUACGACA